GCCAUACGAGUAUUUUAGAUAAAAGAACAAACGCGGUUAAGUACACUGGAACGUUUGGAUGGGAUAUUUUGCCUGCUUUAAAGAUGGCGGCGGCAGCCGAAACACCGGCCCUAGUAUCGCCUGCGCUUAAGGAGCCACUAACCCGAGCUGAAGCAGGCAUCACUUGCCCACUCCAAACAUGGCGGCAUUUCCCCUGCCCCCAAACCCCUUUCCUCAUCUCCGUUGAGGGCUAGGCGACAGCUAUCCCUGACCUCACUUCCGCUUGUGCAGCAGCCAUUUUGUCUUUCCGUUGAUCCUGCUGCCCGAGCUUCUUCCUCCCACCCGUCGCCGCGGACCGCGAAACUCCAGUUCCACCCCCUGGGGCCUGACUCUAGUCUAGACCCAACGGCUUGCUUUUUACCCCGCCAGGCAACUUGCUUUCCCCCCGACCACUCUCGCCGCCACCCCCCUGCUCCCCGUUCUCGCUUUUUCCCACCCAGCCACCCCGGUCCCGUCUCCUUCGCGGCAACCUGUGACAGGAGACGCUUCCCCCACCCCAACCUUCCCGUCCCCCUUCGCCGCCGGGUGACCCCAAGUGCGCACCCCGCCUCCCUCAGACGGCUCGGCUGUCCCGAUCCUCCCUCCGCCGCCGUGGGGGCUAGAGAAAGAAGCGAGCCGAGGGAAAGCGGGUGAGGCGGAGGAGGAGGGCAAGGUCCGGGCGGGCGUCCCUCCCUUGCGCGCCCGGCCAUGUCGAGCGAGGAGAGCUACCUGGCCAUCCUGCGCUACCUGACCAACGAGCGCGAGCCUUACGCGCCGGGCACCGAGGGCAACGCCAAGCGCAAGAUCCGCAAGGCGGCCGCCUGCUACGUGGUGCGCGGCGGGACCCUCUACUACCAGCGCCGGCAGCGGGACCAGCAGCGCUUCGCCGAGCUCGAGGUGGUGCUGCAGGCCGAGCGACGCGCCCGGCUCAUCCGGGCGGCGCAUCUGGAGCCCGACGGCGCCCACCGGACGCGCCUGCAGACCUGGCAGCGCCUCUCCAAGCGCUACUGGUGGCGAGGUGAGCGGACGGCGGGGAAAGGGGGAGGGGGGAGAGCGGGGAAGCGACGGGUCUCCGGCCCGAGCGAGCCAAGCGACACGCGCGCCACUCGCCCGCCACACCUCCUGCUCCGGGCUUGGAGCGAGGAGCGCCGCCCCUGGUCUAGGCGGACGGAGCUCUCCUCCUCCUCGGAGCUGCUGCAAGACGGGUCGGAGGGGAGCGAGGGGUUGGCUGUGUCCUAGGACGAACUCGGAGGAGGAGGGGUUCCGCUUAAAAACACACACACACACAAAUAAUCCCCCACCGAAUGCACCCGAGUCUCGUACCUUAGUGAGCAUGUGCUCGCCUAUGGUUAAGGUAGCCUGUCCGGCCCCAAUGCAGCAUCCCUUGCAGUCAGAGGGCGAUGUUGACCAGAAGGGUGGUGGGCUGCUUUGUGGAUUUUGGCUGUGGCACCGAGUCUUAAAGUGAAAAAGGUGAAUCAGUCGCUAACCCGAUUUUCAGGUGUCUUCAGCUCAGUGUCCGUCCCCCCAAUACAUUUUGAAACUUAGGUAGAUGCCUCCUUUUUGUUUUAACGUUUAUCAUUUUACAUAGAUCACCUGUGUUCAGAGGGCUUUGCCCUGAUCUGGUUCUCACAAGGAGACUCCCAACUAAGACACCCCAGCCACUUGUCCUCCCUGUUUGUUUUCCUAUUUGUCAUGUUGAACUAAGCCAUACUUUGGCUUAGCAUGUUGGCCAAACCCAAGGCUCACGGUUUGGCUCUGUCCAAGGUUUAUCCUGUGACCAAGCAAUAUCAUGAUUUGACUGGGAGACCUAAACCAUGAUUUAGGAGCAGGGCGGUGGCUGAGGUCUCCUCUCCAGGAGCCUUCAUGUUUGUUCUAAGCCAUGAUUUGGCUUGGUGUGGCAAGCACUAUCUUACUAAGAAUUAUAAUAGUCAAGUGGUCAGUAGUAUGCCUAGAUGGGAAGUCUAGUUUCAACUGUGCUCAUUGGAAAACAAGUUCUGCUGAUUUCAGCAGAUCUUCAAGUAAGUAAGUUCUGCUGAUUUCAGCAGAUCUUCAAGUCUAGUUUCAACUGUGCUCAUUGGGAAACAGGUUCUGCUGAUUUCAGCAGAUCUUCAAGUAAGUUCCUAUUUCCAGAUGAAAAAAAUCUAUUCCAACCAACUGGAUUAAUUUUUGAGUAAACGGGUUGACUGCAAGUUGUUGUUUUUUAAUCCUGGAAGCACACUUCGUUUUUGGAAGGUUUUUUCUUUCUUUUUUUGCAUAACUAUAAAGAGCAAAAAUAAGAGCAGACAUUAACAUGGUUAAGUUGAUAGUUCAGCUGUAUAGAAUGUGCUAAUGUGUUCAUUAGAUAAUAUAACUGUUUCAGAGAAGAUCUAAUACAGUGGACCUGCAGAGACAUUAAUGGUUUAAAAACAAUUAUUAAGAAUAUUUUAAUUCAAAAUAUGAGGUUUUCCUGUAUAUCUAGCACAGUAUCUUAUUUGGGGUUUGUUUUUAAAAGCCUGUAAUGGGAGGACCACACAGAAAGAACACUAGCAACUUCAAGCAUAUAAAUAUAGCAACUCACUGCUGUGUAGGCAGAGGACCAACUUGGUAGGGAUUGUAGACUCUAAACAUUGUCUACAAAGGACAAAAAACCACCUUUAGCAGCAUUAUGCACAGGCUUGCUUGUGAACCAGGAACAUUUCUCAGAGGGUCAAAGAAUGUGACUUGGCAAUCCGUCUAACAAAGACAUAUUUGCUGAAGAACUUCCUGUGCUGUUGGUUCCAAAGUGUGGGAAUUGCAAAAGAAAAAAGCAGUGGGCAGGCCCAUCUUGCAUGGAAAUGUGUGCAGCUUUCAGCAAGUGCAUCAUUACCAUGAUUUGGCACAUGGAUCAGGAGGAAGGGUCACGUAAGCAACAUGGAGAUGCAGCUUGAAAGAGUGGAUGUCUUGAAUUAAUGCAUGCAUCUCUGAUUUGCACUAAGUCACACAAGGAGGUCUGGUAGAAGGUGGAAUUGUUGAUUCUUGAUUAUUCUGUUUCCAUACAGUCUGAGUGGAAUUAUUAUCAAAAUGAAAGACAAAUGUUGUUAUUUUCUAGAAUUACUUGCUGAAUAUUACCUGAAAGGACAAAGGUGAAUACAUCCUUUUUUGCAUCAAUGAAGCAAUAUUUACAAUGAUAUUUUUUUUUUUUGGCAUGCCUUUCUUUAGGUAUUCUGAAGCAAGUUAAAGAUUAUAUUAAGGAAUGUAGCAAAUGCCAGGAAAAAUUGGAUCGUUCCAGAUCUUUGUCUGAUCCUUCUGAAAUGCUGGAAGAACUAGGUUUAGACACAAUAUCUCACGAAGAUAGUAAUGAAACAGAUGAUGAAUUAAGUAACUCAGCGUCGCUUCCAGCAGCUUUGCCAAAACCUGUGAAAAAGAAGCCAAUAGCCAAACAUGAGCUUGUUUUUGUAAGUAACUUUUUAUACAAUCUGGUACCAAGGUUUAUUUUAUAUUUGUAUUACUUAAUGAUGUAAAUAAAAGAUUUAAACAAAGUUUAAACACACUGCUUGUUACUUUUUCUUUUUUAAAAAAAUCCCAGGUUGAUAGUAAAGGUCUUGUGAAACAAACUUCUCCAAAGCAUUCUCUGUCAGUCUUAAACCAACUGAAUCAGCAGCGGCUUUCCAGUCAGUUUUGUGAUGUUACUUUGCUUAUUGAAGGUGAAGUGCACAAAGCACACAAAUCUAUAUUGGCAGCCAACAGUGAGUACUUCAGAGAACUUUUCAUCGAAAAAGGAGCUAUUUCCAGUCAUGAAGCUGUGGUGGAUCUUUCAGGUAAACUGAUCUAAGCAAAAACAACAACCCAUAAAUAAUGGGGGUUUUUUUUGGGGGGGGGACUAUUCAGAAUUUGUUUGGUCAAAUAGAAAAGAUGUUGAAAACCACCCCCAACACCAUCAAAGAGGACUGAAUGAUUUCAUUUUGUCUGUUUGCAUACUCUGCUUAGAUUGAUAGGUAGCUGAUUUAGUCAGACAAAUUUCCCCAGCUGGUUUAUUUAUUUAAUAGAUCUUUACCCUGCCCUUUCAGGACAAGAAACUCCCCCAAGGCUUACAGUAAUUCUUUAUUAAGUAUAUUAAUUACAGAUCAAAAACAUUGAAAUAACCAGAUAAAAGCAGCAGAGAGCAGUGACACACAUUAAAAAUUAAUAAAAUUCUGAACAAAACAGAAGUUUUUAAAGAUAUGCUGAAAGGCAGAUAGCGACAAGGCCAUACAUACUUCCCUACAGAGAAAAUUGCACAAGAUGUCGGGUCACCGCUGAAAAGAGCCUGUUUGAGGCUUGCCAUAUUAUAAACCGUCCUGUGAUCUUUGGAUGAAGGGUGGUAUAGAAAUUAUACGUAUGAAUGAUCGACCUCGAUGGAAGGCCAGAAAGCUGUUUGUGAGCAGGAUGCAGGGCUAUAUACAUGGCCUGAUCCAGCAGGGCUGCCCUUCAAGACAUGCAUACCAUUCAGUAUGAUAUGCUGUCUCCAGAACUAAGUCCCAGAGUUUCUUUGUUUCUGCUGGCAUUUCAUAUGCACAAACAGGAGGAGCUAACAGGGUGUGGUAGUAGAGGACGGAGAUGCCAUGGACAGAGAACUACUGCUGUUGAUAUGUGAGUAAGGAAGUUAGGUCUCUGCUGUCCAGAGUGUAUGGGAGAAGUUGCAUUAGAUCCCAAAUACAGGGAAUAAUAUACUGCUGUACUGGCCAUAUUUAGAAAUCACGCAUCCAGAAACAUAAGACAUUAAAACAAAGUGAACUUAAAGAAACUAGAGAGUGUUACAUUUUGCUGCAGAAAAGCCUCUUAAGCAUGUUUCAGACAAAUGGAACCUCUCUCUUUCUGCUUGUAUAGUUUCUCCAGAAAAUAUGUUAGGGGUUCCUAUUCAAUAGAGACCAGAGCAGGCAACCUUUACUUUGAGUGAGCUUCUGGGACUGUCAUAUGGAUAGACCACACAGUGUCUGAUUUCUAAAAUCCUUCAGCUGCACUUCUAAGGUAUUCCUCCCAAAUUUGCCUAAUUUGUCCUGGAAGUAUUCAUUUUCUCUUCAGAACUCCAAGAAUGUGGUCAUACAAACCAAAAAUUAUCCCUGAGGACUUUGUUCAUAUGGUUUGAGGCUGUUAUUAUAGUUAGCUGGUAAUGAACAAAAACAGCAAUUUAUUUCUAAAUAGUGAUCAUCUCUUAAAACCCUUUUGUCACCUUCUUCCUUAUUUGUUGCAGGCUUUCGCAAGGCCAGCUUCCUCCCUUUGCUAGAAUUUGCUUAUACCUCAGAGCUGACGUUUGAUUUCUGCAAUAUGGCAGCAGUAGCUGAGCUGGCCCAACAUCUCGUCAUGACAGAAGUCCUGGAAAUCUGUGAAAAUGUGCACAAGCAAAUGGAAGAUAAACAAAUCACAGUGUACCAAAAAGGAGAUGUUCAGAUAGUCGAGGUAGCGCAAACUCUUUUAGAGCAGAACGAAAGUGAGGUAGCUCAGAAUCUUUCAGAGCAGAACGAAAGCCCAUUGAACCCAGCGGACAGCGUGGAGCAGCCUUUACCUACAGAAGAUGCUGUAGCAACUGUGAAUGGAACAUGUUCGAGUACCGAUGUGGAAGAAAUGGCUACGCCUGAGGCUGCACCGCAAACUGCUUCAGAGCCUCUCGUGGACAAUCCUCCAGAGCCUCUAGUGCAAUCUACUUGUGUAGAAAUGACCGAAACUGAAGAAAAAACCCAAAUUGUAGAAUGUACCGCAAGUCAGACUGUUUCUUUAGUGCAGUCCGAGCUUCCAGCAGCAGAACAAGUCAUUAUCAGCACUCGGGCAGAAAGCGAUACCGAUCAGAACGAUGGAAGUGAACAAAACGUGAUCAGCGAAGCAAAUGCAGAUGCUGCCUCUGAAGAUAAUCGGGAAGGACUUAAGCGAAAACGUGGCAGACCAUGUAAAAUGCAGAGCACUCCUCAGUCUCAGUCAGAGACCUCAGUUUCCGGUCAAGAUGACACCUACAAAAGCAAGCUACGUCAGCGUUCUGUGAGUGAGGGAGGCUAUAUCAAGUUGCACAAGGGCAUUGAGAAAAAACUACAAAAUAGAAAGCCGGCAGCCAAAUCAGCCAUUCAGCAGGUAUGCUCAGAAUCUUACCGUCCAAAAAACUUUCUUUGUGUCCACUGAGCUAUUUGUUUGCUUGUUUGUUUGUUCGUAGUAAUAAGGAUAUAUCUUUGCUUUCUUGCAUUUCAAUCCCAGCAAGGCUUCCAAGGUGGUUUAGAAUAAAAAAUAAUUUUUAAAGAUGUAAUGUAUACAAAAUCGUAACAUCAUCAGAUGUAAUGAUUAAAACAGUCAACAAAAGUAAAUUCAACAGUACAAGAAAACAAUUCCAGUUCCACUGUCCAUUUGCGAUCUCGCUGCUUCCUGCUGUACCCUUAAUAUCAGGGGCAGACAUAACAGGGCCUUGCCAGAGCAUGUGAAUUCACUACAAAGAUAUGCAGGAGAUAUUCAAGGACCGCUUUUCCCCAUUUCAAGGCCUAGAGGGUGGCAACCUGAGUACAGGCCUUUUCUCUGGUGACUCCCUGUUUAUAGAAUGCUCCCCCCAGGGAGGCUCGCCUGUUGUCAUUAUAUAUCUUUAGGCACCAAGCAAACAAAACCUUUCCUUUAUAACCAGGACUUUGCCUUCAGCUAUCUAUGGCCUUUUAGAAGUGGUUGGGAUGCUUUUUAAAUAUAUAUCUGUUUCCUCUUCAUUGAAAGAUAUCUGUGUGGGGUUUAUCGUCUAUUUAUUUGGUUGUAAGUUGCUUUGGCCUGGGCAAGAUAAAGCGACUGACAUAUUUAAUAAAUGAUGAUGAUGAUGAUAAUUUCACCAUGAAUAUGCCCUAAGUUGUUUCUUCCUUUCAGGAGGCUUAUUGCAACAUUUGAGAACCUAUGAAUUAAUGUGUAGAAGCCUUGAAUAAGCACAGCCUAUAUGUAAACUACUUGUAGAGUGGUUUGGUAAUGUGUAAGAAAGCUGUAAUCACAGCUUCACCAUGACAUCUUAAUUCAAAAUUAGAUUUGUGCUCCAUUAUUGAACGCUUUGGUCAUUGCAGCUUCUACGUUGCUCUAUAUAGAGGUGAGCAUGCACCAAAAAGCGUCGCUCCUUGGAGUCUACAUGUACAGCAUGAACAUCUGUAGCAAAGGAUAUGGCAGACAUACAGCUGUACAUGUGAAGACUUCAGUGUGACCUGGGUCCCCAAUCACGUAGAAUUCUAGCUGUACACAGAAACGCUUUGGUGUUAACAUACAUUGGUGCUGUACACACAGAAAACAGGUGCUGGAAUAACCUGGGACGCUUUUGCUCCUGUGGAGAGGGCUCACAUGUCUGAAGAGGGCUCACAUGUUGUUGAAUUGAGCUAAUACGAGCAUGUAGGUUUUAUGGGGAACAUCACAUAUAUCUUCUUCAUGUCCCUUUGCUAAAAUUUAAUAUUUUAAAAGAAAACUUCCAUUGCUAUUCCACUUGGCUUGUUGAUUUUACAGUCCCUCCCUCCCCUAUGUAAUGUUAAUUGUAACCAAUCCUUUUCAAUUAGGUUGCCAUGAAGCUAGUGCAAAGAGGCAAGAAGAUGAAGCAGCCCAAGAGAGACACUUCAGAGCACAGUGAGACAGAAACUCAGCACAAAUGUGGUGAAUGUGGAAUGGUUUUUCAGAGGCGUUAUGCUCUUAUAAUGCACACACUGAAGCAUGAAAGGACAAAGAAUUUUAAAUGUCCAGUAAGUUUCCCCUUAAAAUUACUCUAAACUGGCACUUCUGUAGCAAUGCUUGUUCAUGCAUUUAUUACUUAACUUUAUUUUUUUUAAAAUUGUACAAAUUACCAUUUAAUACAGAGUUUAAAAACGGCUCAAGUGUUAUGUAAAUGUUAACAAUAAGUUAAAAGCAUCAUGCGACUGAACAUUCCCUAAGAUUUGUCAUUCAAUAACUUAAGAAAUAUAGACAAUCUUUCAAUAAAUCUGUUGGUUUUGUUAAUUUGUGUUGUCCUAGAAUAUAUUAAUUUAAACAGUCUCACAGUAAACCAUAAUUUCUCAAACCAAUAUACAGUAUUGUUAGAGGAGCAUUGUUUCCCCCUGUUGUUUUUUGCUAAAAUUGUUUGGUUGCUUCUAGCAAAUUGACAUCUGGAACUGUGUUUUUUAGAUAACCCCAGUAGUAUCUUAGGAUACCAAGGGUUAGGGUACCCUAGUGUUUUUGUAACUGAUUAUAUUACAAACGUUCUGAAAGAUAGGAAAUUCCCAAUAUAUGUGCAAAAAUAUCUGCCUGUGUCAUCCCACAGCUCAAGCAAUUGUCCUGUCCUUUUCUAUAAAUCAGGUUUAAUGUGUAUGGUUUUAAAUUCCAUUGCUAUUAGAUUUUAAAAUUUCCCUUUAAAUUUGCUGAAACUGGCCUGGCUAGGGAAUGAGUACAUAGUCAUUUCCAUGCAUCAGUUCUUGUUUCAUGUCCAACAUCUCUCUAUUCUUUAAAUGCUAGAUUAAUUGAGUUGUGUACAGCCUACCACUUCCCUUUGAUAAUCCAUUUGGCAUUUAACAUUGCAAUAAUCUCCCAGCGUGGUUUCUCAAAAGAUAACAAUUCCAACUUAAACUCCCAUCACUGCUCUUAAAUAUGUUUCAGCUCUCCAGUCAGAUAGCUUAGAUUAAUAGUCUCUACAUCUUGGAGUGUUACAAGACAAAUGUUGUCGCCAUUCCUGUCUGCAAUUUGUAAUAUGUAUAAAGUGGAACAGACUUUUAGAAUUUGAGUUGUCACAGAUCUCUUAGUCAGAUCUAUGCAUUGCUAUUUAUACAUUACUUUUAUCUGUAAGGUAUGCAAACCUGGAAGUAAGUCCCUUAUCUAGUAGAUGGAGAGAACUCUUCCAGCUACAAAACUGGUAUGAAUGUUGAUCUCUGAUUCUUAGUGUUAAGAUUUCAAGUGACAUAUCAAAACAAUUUUAUGUUUCUCAGCUGUGCAAAAAAGAGUUUCAGUAUGGUGCCUCGCUGCGAGCCCACCUUGUUCGCCAUACCCGAAAAAACGAAGUGACUGUUGCAACUGCCAGUAUAGAAGAGAGUGGUGCAGCUAUGAAGGGCAGAACUAAACGGGAGUUUAUCUGUGAUAUAUGUGGAAGAAGUUUGCCUAAACUCUACUCUCUGAGAAUCCAUAUGUUGAAACAUACAGGUGUAAAGCCACAUGCAUGUAAGGUAAAAGUAAUGCUUUAUGGUCUCACAUUUUUGAUGUAUUUCUUGCGAUAUUUUAGCCAUGUGGCUUAAAGCUUAUAUGAAGUUCAAUUGCUAUCUGAAAGUAACAGAAUUCAUAACAAUGAAUACUGCUGAAAUGAAGGAAAAGUGGAUGGGAACUUUGUGUUAAGUUUUAAUGUAGCCUUGAAAAACCUCAGUAUUAGGCUGUGAAACCUUUCAUGAAUUAUAAACCAUAGUUAAAAUCUUGAUUCUGCAAUACUUCAAAAAGGUGGAUGCUAUGGCCACCAUGUUUCAUUUACUUAAUCCUAAAGGCCUAGAUUUCAGUUUGAACUCGCAUUGGCUCCAUUGAUACCUAAAUAAUAUUUAGCUAAGUCAUACUCAGAGUAGACAUCUACAGAGUAGAGUUGAAAUCAGUUGAGGUAAGUUACUGAAGCCUAUUGAUUUCAUUGUGUCUGCUCUGCGACUAAUGUUGAUAUCACCCAGCCACUUUGGCUUUCAUAUGUAUUGGGUGAAAUCCAAUGCUGCCAUUCCACUGGCAGAACAGCUUUUGAUCCAGCAGUGGUGUCUAUGCGCUCCUGAAAUAUUCUGAGCAACCUGUUCUUCAAGACCUCCCAACAACCCACUGGAGGGUUGUGAGGGCUGCAGAGGGAAUGCACAUGGGAGAAAAUCGCCUUUUCUUACUUUAGCUGAUGCCUCCACUGGAUCAAAAGCUAUUAUGUGAGCAGAACAGUAGCGAUUGAUUUCAUUGAUUAUAAAAACAUCUAAUUACAUUUGCAGGUGUACCAUAGGUGUUGGGAGUUUAGUAGGCAGACUUGCUACGUUUAUUUUCUGUUUUGCGAUUUUCAAGAUUGAAAUUUGAAUUGGUCAUGCUAGGUUUCUAAGAUCAUCAAUUAUUAUCUCAGUUUGCACUGUCAUUAAAGGGUAUGCAUUACCUAAAAAAGAUUUCUCAAGUGCUCUCUGUCUCUCUGGAGCUUUGAGUUUUACUGGAAUAAGUUUUUUCUUCAUCACUGAAAUGCUAAACUACUUCUGCACGUACAAAUUGUGGGCUGUAUCCAACUAAGUAGAUCUGCUAGCACAAGGAUUUCUGUUUUCACAUGGGAGGUUUGCCACCCUGUCUUCUCCCACAUGUCCAUUCCGCACUCCCCAAAUCUGCUCCAGAAGAUUGGGAAGCCCCCCAGAACAGAUUUAAGGGGGCACAGGAAGAGGAGAGGAGAGGGAGAUGAAGUCCCUUCAGCAGCCAAAGGUAGUUGCACUAGUGGAUCUGUUUAGUUGGAUACUAAAUCCCUUUGUCUUCUUGUCUCCUAGUUUUGCCAUAAAACUACUCUUACUUUACCAUCGAAUGCUUCCUUUAUCGUAGGUAGUUGCUCUCUGUUUGGAGGGAUGGUAACAUUUGCUGACAAUUUGAUCUCUUGCAGAUUUGUGGAAAGUCGUUUACUUACAAACACGGUUUAAAGAUGCACCUCGCGCUCCAUGAGGCACAGAAGCAGUUUAAAUGUGAAUUGUGUGAUAAGUCUUUUGUCACAAAAAGAAGUCUUCAGGAGCAUAUAAGCAUUCACACAGGUAAAUGAGAGAGACCCUUUCUUAUUAAGGAAAAAGUAACACCUGCACUAUGCUUUCAUGGGUGUAUAAACUGAAUGCACUCAAACCACAAAUAUUUAGCUAGUGGUUUCAGUUCAGUUCAGCAUUCCAGCCAUAAGUGAUGAGGGAGCUGAGAGACUAGAGCUCUCCUGUUUCAAUUUUCAACUGGCAGCUUUGAAUCGGUAUAUUAAAUUCAGCUUUAUUUUAUAUUAAUUGCUUAUUUUAUGAACAUUGUUGCUGAUUCAUGGUGUUAACAGUUGAAUCAGCUAAAAAAGGGGAAUGAGAUUAUUUUCUCCUCAUCCCUUACCACAACUUAUCUCCCAUUUGUCUGUAGUACAGGGUGAGGCUUUUCUCUUUGUCUUCUUUGUAGUCCCGCAGUCUCUUUUCUGUAGCCACUGCCUAACUGUUCAUCAUCUCCUGUGAGCUUCUUCCAUUUCCACAGAACCAUAUCUCUACAAAUUUCUCUACAAUUCUGAUGCCUUCUUGGCCCUGUUGUACUCAUUCUUUUCUUCUGCCUUAGCUGGCUUCUUCUAAAGAAUGUUUGAAUUAUUGGUCAGUUGAAUUGUUAGUCAAUUAUUCAAUGCCUAAAUAUUUUUCCUACAUGUGUAAAAAGACUGGAGUGUGGUGCAACAUGCCUUAGCUGCCCCUGUGCCAUAAUUGUCAACAACAUAUCUACCUACUCUCAACUUUCUUUCAUCCCAUUUGCUGCCUCUACUCCCUUUCCUAGUGAAUAUUCUUCUUUUUCUUCUUUGUUAAACUUGUAUACCACCUUUCACCUGAAGAUCACAGUGCAGUACACAGCAUAAAAAACCAAAACAAGAACAAAAAAUACAUAAUUAAAAAACAUAGCAUUUUGCUGACAAUGGACUCCAAAACUCCGGUCUUGUUAUAGCCUACACUCCCUGGUAGAUGGAGCCUAGUUGGGCUCUCAGUCAGUCAGUCAGCAGAGACUGGAGUGGGAAAGGAUUCCUUCUGAGGACCAAAGAUGCAAAAAAAGGCUGGCUUCCUCAAGAGGAGGAAUUCCAGCAGCUGUGGAGGAGGGCCAGAUGAACAGCUCACUUCUUCCACUGAUGGUCUCUAGCUGCUACUACCUCUGAGAGCAAAGUAUCUAUUUUCCUCAGCUAACCUCCUUCCUGUUAUAUUUGCUCGCAUUAUCUUCUCUCAUAUUUUAGGCAAAACCAUGCAAGGAAAUGCAUUUCAAAAGCAUUUUUAAUGUUACAAAUAAUUUUGUUUUUUUGCCUUAAGUUGAAUACGAUAGCAUCUAUUAAAGCCAUUGCCGCUAUUAUUUUGUCAGGAGAAUCAAAAUACUUUUGCUCACACUGUGGAAAGUCUUUCCAUAGAGCUUCAGGACUUAGCAAGCAUAUAAAGAAACACCAGCCAAAACCUGAAAUUCGGGGAUAUCAGUGUACUCAGUAAGUAUGAAAAGAAUUGCAAGCCUUUAAAUGUUUUAAGUAUAUUUUUGCCAAUUUCAGUGGGUAUCAAAAUGAAUUCCCAUGUUACUUUUACAGAAAUCUGCCAGGCUGUUUCAGGCAAGCCAUGCCCGCUCCACAAAAUAUGAUGUCAUGUGUGGGGUAGAUAAGGGUGAGGCUUGGCUCCCUGCUUCCCAGACACCUGACACUGAGAUUAUCUCAGUUGGUAGAGCAUGAGACUCUUAAUCUCAGGGUUGUGGAUCCUGUAUUGCAGGAGGGUUUGGACUAUAUAAUCUUUGUGGUCCCUUUCCAACUCAACGAUUCUAUAGCAACCAGCUGGCUGCUGGGUGCAUCAGAAGUGCCAUACAAAGCACUUUGCACUUUGCAAGUGCUUUCUGCACGUCAUUUCUCAAGUGCCCAACAACCAGCUCACUGUGAGGCAUUUGGGAAGCGCUGCACCGAGUGCUUUGCAAACCUUGUGCUUGGCGCUUCCCAAGCACUGAGUGCCGGGCUUCCAAAGCUUGCUCACUGUGCGCAGGCAGCUCUUUCCAAACAUCUGACAAUUAGCUGGUUGUCAGGUGUUUGGGAAGGGUGGCACACAAGGCUGAACAAGCCCUUCAAACUGCUUCUCCCCCGUGGACCAACUUUUACAGGUGUCAAUUGCUCAAAGCCACUUUGAUUUCAGACACGUGGUUGGUCCUGCCCAUCUGUCCAAGGUGGGUUACAGUGGUGGUUGGGAGAUGAAGACCUGGCCAAAACUGUUCUCCACCCCUGGUAUAGAUUAUAUGUGGUUUAAUGUGAAAGCAGAGUUUUGCUCUUAUCACACUUCAUUUCUUAUGACUUGUACAGGGCGAGUCCUUUAAAAGAGGCCCCGUGGAUACAGAGUACACAUGUUCCACGGGGCAUCUUUUAAAAGACUCACCCAGUACAAUGUAGCUUGUGAUAGCAUAAGGGUGAGUGAGUGGCUGUGGGUUUCUUAGGGAAGGAAAGUUGAUUUGUCUUUAAAAGGCAUGGGAACAAUUUUUCAAUAGAAAAUUUGGGCUUCAAAAUCAGACUCUUUUCUUUUUUACAAAAUUUUUUAUGUUAUAUUACACUUUGUAGCUAAGACCACUAUAAAUCAUACAAGCUUGCUUGUCAAGAAAAAAAAGAAAGUGAAUAAAAAUGGAGGGGGGAGGGAAUCAAACUGUUUUCUAUAAGGGUAGAGGAUUAGCCCGUCAUCAGACUUUUGUAGCAUAGCAAGUUGGGCCAUACUUUUGUGAAGUAUUAGACGCCUGUUAAUGGGGAUUAUUUUUAUAGGUUUUAAUUUUUUUUACUAACAUUAAUUUCAGUGUAUCUAUUCUAACCUGCCACCCUGGGCUUCUUUGGGAGGAAAAGCAGGACAAAAAUCUAAUAAAUAAAAAUAAGCAACUCUCCAGAUCCAGCCCAUAGUUACAUUAACAUGAUAUAACAGUCUAGUUGGGCAUGCAGCUUAUAGCUGUACCUCAAAUACCUUUCCCAGGAAGUUCCUUUAACCAAAUGUGUACAAUUGUGUACUGUUUCAGAUGUGAGAAAAGUUUCUAUGAACCCCGAGAUCUCCGACAGCACAUGAACAAGCAUCUUGGGGUGAAACCAUUCCAGUGCCAAUCCUGUGGAAAGUGCUAUAGUUGGAAAAAAGAUUGGUAUUCUCAUGUGAAGUCCCAUUCUGUUACUGAGCCUUACAGGUAAAUCAAGUAAACUAGUCUAAGCUUUGAAUAAAUACUCAGAUGAUAAAGACCUGUAGCCAAGUCAGUGUGUACUUCGUAAUUCUGCUUGUGCAUAAUGGAAUGACUUUUGGAUGCAUAUUUUAAAAUUCUGUGUCAUAGCCAUCAGGAAUGAUUAAUAUAAAAUAUUUUGAUUAUCGCCUCAGCUUAGACUUCCUACAGCUCCUUAAAAUUUCUUAAUAUGUUAAAAGGCAGCUUUGUACUCACCAAGUAAUCUGAUUGGGAUAAAAAUGACUUCCCAGCCCAAACACUUAUUAUUGUAAGAGUUAUAAAUACUUUUAGGACUUUUCUAUCCUGCUCUAACUGUCUUCUCUCAUUUUUUAGGUGCAAUGUGUGUGGCAAAGAAUUCUAUGAGAAAGCUUUGUACAGAAGGCAUGUCAAGAAAGCAACUCAUGGGAAAAAAGGAAGAGCAAAGCAAAAUUUGGAACGUAUUUGUGAGCACUGUGGGAGAAAAUUCACCCAGCUUCGGGAGUACAGAAGACACAUGAACAACCAUGAGGGUAAAUCUGACAAGUUUAAUUUUAAGAAUAAUGCCAUGUUUCAAUAAAUGAACAAAAAUUGGGACUUAGAAAACAUUAAAUUUAAGGGGGAAAUGGUUCCAGUCAGCACUGCUUUGACAUGGGCUAAAAAUAAUGGACUGGGUGUAAAUAAAUGGUGCAUUUAUGAAAUGAUGAAAAAUUAAUAAACAAAUGAGACUAUCAUGCAGUAGCCAGACUGCCAUGAUUUUCUUAGCUCUGUAUAAUUUUUCUACACACAUCUUUGUAGAGGACUUCAGUGACUUUCAAGUAUGCUUUAUGAAUCCAGCCCAUGGACCUGAUUAGACCCACUAGGGCUCCCCAUUGGGCCUGCAAUGCCAUUUUGGACAUGCCCAAUGUCUUCAGGUGUGGGGCAGGAAGAAACCUGGCUCAGCUGAAAGGGCAUUUGCAGACUAAACAGCUGAUCAGUGUUGCAUAGAAAGCCUUAAGCAAAGCACUGAGUAAGGUAUCAGUCAGCUGAUUGUUGGCUCUUCAGCAGCACCUUUCAAAGCAUUGUGCAAGAGCACUUUGAAAGGGGCUCCUGAAGACACCUGGGGGCAAAAGGUGAUUGGGUGUCAUGUGCCAAAGUUUGCCCACAAUACGGGAGGGCAACCAUUUGAUCCACUGGCCAGAUCCAAUCGUCCACCCAUGCAAUAAAUUGUUAAGGAAAGUAUUGUAAUGUUAAUAAAAACACUAUUUCAACAAAGGUUCAAAUGCAGAAAACGCUCCAAGUGCUGGUAGCAAUAUAUUGUAACAUGGGCAGAUGAAAAAAGAGUGAGUGCUCUAUUGUAAUUUGGGGGUCUGAACUAAUUGAUACAGCAGUAUUUCUUAAUUACCUUUUUGGUAACCAGUAGGUUUUCCUUAGCCUUUCAAACGUUACCUCCUUUCUUUCUUAUUUUGUUAAAUAGGUGUUAAACCCUUUGAAUGUCUGACCUGUGGAGUGGCUUGGGCUGAUGCACGUUCUUUAAAGCGCCACGUACGGUCACACACUGGAGAGAGGCCUUACGUUUGUCCAGUAUGCAAUGAAGCCUACAUAGAUGCCCGUACCUUAAGGAAGCACAUGACCAAGUUCCACAGGGAUUAUGUACCUUGUAAAAUUAUGCUGGAAAAGGACACACUUCAGUUUCAUAAUCAGGGAACCCAAGUAGAACAUGCCAUCAGCAUUCUAACAUCUGAUGUGCCAGAACAAGAAACAGAGGUUUGCAGUGAAGAGAUUGAAACAGUAGUAGUGACUGAAGAAACACUGGAAACAGGUGCAACUGCUGAAGACUGUACAACAGUUUCCACACUUUCUGACCAAAGUAUCAUGCAGGUCGUCAAUUAUGUGUUGGCACAACAAGGACAGAAAAUGACUGAGGUCACAGAAGCCAUUCAAACUGUAGAAGUGGAGGUAGAACAUGUUUCUGAUCCAGACUGAAUACAAAAGUUCACGAAUAAGGAAGGUGACCUGGGUGAAGCGGCAUGCAAUUAUCAAAGUAUUAACCAUCGUACUGGUUGGAUUUUUACAGUAAUAGCUCCAGAACACUGCUCAGAGUUUCUUGAAUGUGUAAUACCAACCUCUGUAAUAAAACGCAAAAUCAAAGACUUUCCAUAUAAGCCAUGGACAUGUACUAAGACUACUGAUCAGUUGUAAUCACUUAGUAAAAUCUCAAAAAUAAAGUCACUGGUGUGGUAGUGUUAGGUAUGUUGUAGUUUUUGUUUUCCCCUCUGCAGUUUGCUUUUACAGUGGUACCAUGGGUUAAGAACUUAAUUCAUUCUGGAGAUCCACUUUAGCUAAUGGGGCUAAGUUCUUAACCCGAGGUACUAUUUCUGGGUUAGCGGAGUCUGUAACCUGAAGCGUCUGUAACCAGAGGUACCACUGUAUACUGCUGUUUUGGCUUUGUUGGGCAGUUUGGUAUGCUACGAAGUUGUGCCAGUCACUUAAAAACUCAGCUAUGUUUGAAGUUCACUGAAAAGCAGGAUAGGAGUUUGAUCUGCAAGUUUACCUAUGAACCUGUUAUCGAUAUAGAUGAAUAUUCUGAUCAUGGGAAGGACUGAGGUGGUGAGUUGUACUCCAGUGUGUAUGUUGGGGCAAAUCUCUGCUGCAUUGUACAUUCCUGCACUUUUUCAGUUUUGUCUCUUGCAUAACCUGUAAAAGUACUUUUAAGAUUGCAUGUCCUACAACUAGCAAACAUAUUUGUAUACUUUAUAUAUAUAUGCUGGUGCAAUUAUGCUUCAUUAAGAGCACUGUAAACAAAGAAAAACUAAGGAAUGUGCUGUGUAUAUGAAAGCCAAGAGUGGUUAUUUUAUUUUGUUGUACAUUUCAACAUCCAUGAAACCUAACUUUUGUAUAUGCAGUUUUGAGAGGUAAGGAAUUAAAGCCUAGUUGCCAAGAUUAAUAAUUUUAAAAAGAAAAACUUGACCCAUUAAGAGUUAGAUGCAAAAGAGCACCAUAGGGUUCCAAUUGAGUUGUUUAUCAAACCAUAACGGAUGAAAUCUAUAUCCAUAGCAGUGAUAUUGAGCUACUGUCGGUAAACUCUAAUCAAGCAAAUUACUAUUUAUUAUAGAGGCUUGAAGUUUGUAUUUGUAAAGAAAUUAAUUUCUGAAUCAAUUAGGAGCUAAGCUGUUACCUGUUCUCUGUAAAAACAGACCAACAGAACCAAUGCCUUAUAUGAAGUACAGCAUCUCCUCCCAUAAUGGGGAUAUUGAGUCUUUGUUUUCUGCAGAUUGUAAGUGGUGAUUGUCUCUUGUAAAGCUACCAGUAACAAUUUACUGAAGCAGAAAGCAAAAUUGUUUAGUGUCUGUAAAUUAUGUAUACCUUGAUUAGUCAUAUAUUCAAGAAAACUAUUCACAAGGACUAUAGAACUCAGUAUGCUUGUUAAAAAAACAAAAUGUAACCAUGUGAAACAUGAAGGCAAGGGACGUGUAAUGGGAGCAGACUUGGCUACAGGUUCUAGUCCCGUCCCCCGUCCCCCCGCUACUUUAAAAAUACAGUCAAGCCAGCGAUUGAAUGGGUAUAAGCACAACCAUGUGGAUCCAGUAUGGCAACAUCUGUGUCAGUGGCAACGCGGCUUCAUCUCAAAAGUUGUUUAAAAUAUUAUAGUGUCAGUAAUGAUGCCUGCUUCUAAACAUUCUAAAUUGUUUACUGUACACAUAACUAGUUCAGGCUUUCACCUAUCUUAAACGAAUCAUGAAAUUCCAGUUGAAAUUCUGAUACCUGGCAACAGUAGUUAACUUACAGGGGUCCAAGUUUUCAUCUGUCUCACUUUGUUUUCAUUAAACAAAGGAUAGCCAGUUAAAGAAUACUGUUGUGUUAUGUUGCUAGUUGGUGUGAGAAAAGAUGUGAAGUUGUUUGUUGUUCAGUCGUGAUGUAUUUGAAACAUUGCUUCCUCCAGUGACGGCAAGAAGCCCUACUAUUGCAGAAAUUUAAAUUCUCAGGAUUAUAUCAAUCUACAGUAUAGGUAUUUUAGUCUUGACCUUAAAUCUAAACACAAAUUUUAAUAGUAAAAACAAACCAGUGCUUGUUUAAAACUGGAAAAGUAUUCCUGUACUGUUAUAUUGUAUGCAUGUACAUGGUACUAUAUAAAGAAGGUAUCUACAGCAAGGGACUUACAAGCAAGAAAAAGAGAAAAGAGC